AUGGCACGUGUCUCGUUGGCGGUCGUUUUCGUCAUAAUUGGUGUUGUCAAUGCAAUGGGAGUUCUCGCAGCGGUGGCAGUGCAGGAAGAAGGCGUGGCAGUACUCCGCGCGGCCUAUGCCACCACUCGGCAUCCUGUGUCACCGAGGAUGGGGCGUCGACGGUGGGUGCGGGAAGAUGGAAGUAGACGUGAAUCAAGAGCUAUUUCGGGCUCCCCGAAAUACAAGCAGCUACGUCAGGAAGUCACAAAUGAGUUUAGCAGCAAUGCUGUCAUAUCAAGAGACAUUUCGGGGAGCCCGAAAUACAAGCAGCUACGUCAGGAAGUCAUAAAUGAGUUUAGCAGCAAUGCUGUCAUAUCAAGAGACAUUUCGGGGAGCCCGAAAUACAAGCAGCUACGUCAGGAAGUCAUAAAGGAGUUUAGCAGCAAUGCUGCCAUAAUAGCGUGCGGAGAAGUGAAUCAAGAGACAUUUCGGGAAGCCCGAAAUACAGGCAGAUGUGAAUCAAGAGCUAUUUCGGGGAGCCCGAAAUACAGGCAGAUGUGA